GCUCCCCACUCCCGUUCCGCGACGGAAGCCGAGAGGCGCGGCUCCUCCUGCUCGCUCCGCUUCAGCCCAGGGUAGAGCUGGGCCGGGCGGGCCGCCCAGCCGGGCUGGCGGCGGCAAGAAGAAAAUGGCGGCGCCGCUGCUGUCCCUCUCCGAGGGAGAGGGGGCCCGGGCGCGGCGGCGGGAGCAGCUCCGAGCCUGGGCUGAGGCCGAAGCAGCGGCGGCGGCAGCGGCGGCUUCUCCCUCUCCGUCUUCCCUCUGCCCAGCCCCUCCGUCCUCCUCGCCCGAUCCGGCUGAGGCGGGGAUGGGCUCCGGGCCGGCAGGCGGCCGCCGCCCUCCGCGCAUCGUCCGGUUCGAGGCGGCCGCCGAGUUCCUGGCCUGCUGCGCCGGCGCCGAGCUGGAGGCGGCCCGAGAGAUGCUGAGCGCAGACCCCGAGGCCGUGAAUGGGACCAACGCCGACGGCAUCAGCGCUCUCCACCAGGCCUGCAUUGACGAGAACAUGGAGGUGGUUGAAUUUCUGUUGGCAAAUGGAGCUGACGUGAACCAGGCUGACAACGAGGGCUGGACUCCGCUUCACGUUGCUGCUUCCUGCGGCUACAUCGAGAUUGCGCAAUACCUCUUGGACCACGGUGCCAACAUCACCGCAGUGAACAGCGACGGAGACGUGCCAUUGGACAUUGCCGAGGCUGACAGCAUGGAGGCCCUGCUGCGUUCGGAGAUUGGGAAAAGAGGGGUAGAUGUGGAGGUAGCCAAGCGAGAGGAGGAAGAGGUGAUGCUCCGCGAUGCACGCCAAUGGUUGAAUGCUGGUAAAAUAUCGGAUGAGCCGCACCCCAAGACUGGGGCCACCGCCCUGCACGUGGCGGCUGCCAAAGGCUACGUCGAAGUCAUGAGGCUGCUCUUGCAGGCCGGCUAUGACCCUAACGUGCAAGACAAGGACGGCUGGGCUCCCAUGCAUGCAGCUGCCCAUUGGGGGGUAGAAGAGGCCUGCCGCCUUUUGGCCGACUACUUCUGCGACAUGGAGGCCCUCAAUAACGUGGGUCAGCGUCCCUGUGACCUUGCAGACGAGGAUACCUUGGCCCUGCUGGAGGAGCUGCAGCGCAAGCAGAACGACCUACGCAGCAAGAAGGAAGCACACCUGAGGCAGGCUGUGAUUGACACUAGCCUAGAACAGCCCCCAUCGUACACAAGCAAGCACCGAAGGAGCUCUGUAUGUCGCAUGAGCAGCAAGGAGAAGAUUUCUGUCCAAGACCAAUCAAAGGAGCGCAAGACGUUGGGCACCAUCGCGGUUGGUGAGGAAGAGACCAGCUCUGCCUCGGAGGGGGAGGAGACUCCACAUUCCAAUGAAGUGAAGUCCAGUCCCGUAGCAGACAGCAGUGCAGUGAAUGGCGUCUCCGUGCCCCCCGUCAGUCCUGUGGCCCCCAGUCCCACUGGGCAGAAGUUCUCGGGGGGCUCCAGCCGCCCCAUGGAGCCGGAGGACUCCCCAGCCCCAGCCAUCUGGAGGCAGAGCCUGCGCAAGACGAGCAGCUUUGGGGUGCUGCAGGAUGCCAAGCUGGACGAAGGGGCGGACAAGGAGGGCGGCAGCGGCGGCAUCAAGCGUUCCGCGUCCAGUCCCCGGCUGGAUACCGAGGAAAAGCAAGACAUCCGGGAGCUCUUACGGAAGUGGAACAAGAAUCCCAUUGGCCCAGGGUUAGCCAAUAGGCGCACAGCUUCUGAGCCAGCUAGUGACCCGAGCAGAGAACCGCGCCUGGCCCGGGUAACGCCAACCCCAACUCGGCGAAUAUUUGCCCUCCCAGACACAGAACCCCACCGGGACCCCCGACGAGCAAACUUAGAAGGUGGCCUUCAGAUGAAGAUAGAUACAGCCCUUGCCCCACUCCAGCCCCCUUCUUCCACUGCCAUCAGCUCUAGCACGGAUCCCCGGGACCGCCGAAGGUCGUACCAGACACCAGUGCGGGAUGAAGAGUCAGAAUCCCAAAGGAAGGCCCGUUCCAGGCUCAUGAGACAGUCCAGGCGUUCUACACAGGGUGUUACCCUCACCGAUCUGAAGGAGGCUGAGAAGACCAUGGGCCGGGCCGGGGACACCAAAACUGCCUCGGAGCAGCGAAGCAGAGAGGAAGAGAAGCAUGACAAAGAUGGAGACCAGCAGUCCCAGGAGACUACGGACUCUUCUAGGAGAUCCCGGCUCUCCAGUUCGGACAAUUCUUCGGUUUAUACUGUGAAUCCAUUGGUUAUGAAUUCCCAGCCCAGGAAAGGCUCAGAACCGGAUGAGACCAGCUUGGAGACUGAUUCGGAUCUCCGGAACCGUCUGGCUAUCCGGGACCGCAGGAAAGGUCGACGGGAGAGACGCAUCUCCGGGCUAGGGGGCAACUCUGAGGGUGAGGAGGAGGAGGAGGAUAUUGAUCAAGUCAACAAUGAUGAAGAUCCACCAGGACAUGGCAGUGAACACCUCAACAGCCUCCUGCCAAACCGGACAGCUUCCUACAGCUGCCAGCAGCGAAAUGGCGCCUCCAGCUGCAGAGAGGAACCCGACAACUAUUACAAGAACCUGUAUGAAGACCUCGUGAUUGAGAACGAGAAACUGAAGGAGCAACUGCAGGAGGCUCAGCUGCAGCUGACCCAGGUCAAGCUAGAGCUGGAAAGAGUGACCCAGAGACAGGAGCGUUUUGCUGAGCGGCCGGCUCUCCUAGAACUGGAGAGAUUUGAACGCCGAGCUUUAGAGAGGAAGGCGGCAGAGCUGGAGGAAGAGUUGAAGGCUCUUUCAGACUUAAAAGCGGACAACCAGCGUCUCAAAGAUGAAAACGCCGCUCUUAUCCGUGUGAUCAGCAAGCUCUCCAAGUGACUGCCGCCGCCCCCUGAUGCCGCUGCAAAGCCGGGGCCUUAUUCUGCACUCCAUCCUCUUGUGUUCCAGAUGCUCAGCAGGAACAGGGGAGAGAGAGAGACAGGGAUAGGGGCGGCCAACUCCCUCUCGCCAACGCUGCCACCGCCAUCCCAACACUCCACCUGGGGGGUGCUAUUCCCAGCCAACCAGACCCCCAUCAGCCAUUGUUUUCCACAUAGGGCCAAGUUUGUUACCAGAAGUGAUGUCCCAAACUCACUUCUUUCCCCCCUUCACCCCCCUAUUUUUCCCCCCCUUACUCAGAGACAGUAUUUAUUUUGUGGCUUCCUUUUAAAGUGAUGUUAUUUGCUUGUUGCUUUUCCUUUAAUGCACCAGGGAGUGGGGAUGACAGGAGCCGGUCUUGCUGAGGGGCUUGGAGGAGGGGGGCUGGUUGCAGCGCAGCUCUUCUGAUGGCAAGGAGGUGAGAGGCAGGAGUCGCUCUGCAGCGUGGAAGCAAAAGGCCAGACUUCUGAGGCUGGGAGGGGAGUUGGCUUCUCGAGGGUCCCUGGCAGAGGCUUAUGGCUACCCUCUAGGCCAGGGUGGGCAACCUUGGGUCUCGAGCUGUUGUUGAAUUACAACUCCCAUCAUCCCCAGUGAUAAAUAAUUGUGGCUGGGGGUGAUGGGAAUUGUAGUUCAGCAACAGCUGGAGAGCCAGGAUUGACUCCUCACUCUUUAUUCCCAAGCUGUCUGGCUGUUGGGUAGGCGGAAAGCGAGUCCCUGGACUUUGAGCAGGGCAGGAGGAGCCACCUGUACAACAGAUGGCCGCCACAUUGAUGGUUAGACUCUGCUGUCCUCUUGCAGCAUUUAGCCUCACUUUUAAAAGGUGGGAGGUGACGCCCAGGAACUGGUUUUUAUAUAGCCUCGGUUGGCACCUGAGUAGGCCAGUUUAGGUGGGGUGGCGGGGUGUGCAAGUGUGAGACAGGCCCCUCAACUCUGAGGCCCUGUACAGUUCGGUGGGAGGAGAGCUGAAGAUAACGGUUGGGUUAAAGUGAGUGAGUGAGAGAGAGAAACAAACACAACUGUUUUGAUUGACUGCCCUCAGGAUCUCUAGAGCCAAAAGGAUGUUGGGGCUGGAGCAGCAGUAUCUGGGAGCGAUGCUUGUAUUUGCCAUGAAGAUGAGACUCAAGUGCCAUAGUGGGGAUGGGGAGACAGUUGCAGGGAUCUCGCUAGUCACUCCUUUCUCUGCCUUUUGAAGCAGUUAUGGGGGGCGGGGCUGCUCUCCACCCCUGGUGUUUACUUUCCCUCAGGAUCUUGAUGUUCAGAGAUGUGCGGCUUUGUCCCCUCCUAAUCCUGAGUGUCCAAAAUCUGGCCUGGCUCCAAAGGUUUCUUCCAGUGCUUUCUUGCCUGAACCCCAGGCCUGAGCCCAAACUCUCCUUCCUCUACUAUCUGGCCGAUGCCCACAGCCUUAUGCCAAUGCCCUGGCCAAGCUGUGAGGGCACCCAAACAUUGCUAACCCUGGAAUCCCAAACAGGUAACGUAGGCCAUCCCCAGAGUCCACAUUGACAUAGUCAUGGUUGCCAGCCCUUCCACACUCCACUCCUCUUCCUCCCCUUGCUCCUUGAUCCCUCUUUUUUCUUCUUCCUCCAAUUCCCUAGACCAUUCCUCUGUAACUUUCCUAGAGGACAAGCGGGGUUCCAGCUUCGCGACUCCCCUCCAUUCCUCCUCCUGCACGCACACAAUCAAAUAUUUUCAAUGUUAAAACUGAGGGCUAGAAGUAAUUCCAAAAGAAACGGGUCCAAAGUACUACCCUGAAAAUCCUGUGUGUUUUUUUCCUGCGCUAUCAUGAGCCAAGAUCCCUCUGCCAAAAGAAAAUGCCCCUUCCCUUCUGCCCCGUCCUUCCCUUUCAGGUCCCUUUUUGUUCCCUCCACUUGCCCUAGUCUGUGAACACCCCCUCCCUGCUCCCCAAACAUAUCUGUACAUAACAGAAGUAUUUUCUAUAUGGCUGCAUCGCCAACAAAAACCAAGAAGAAAAUGCAGAAAAAAACUUAAAUGUGCAAUAUCGCAUGAGUAUUUUUUUUCCAAAGAAGUCUCUAUAUUGUACUUGUUUAUUCAGCAGCACAGCUGCAUUUGUUUUAAAGAACAGGGAAUUGAAAUUACCGUGUUUGAAUAUAAUUAAAAAAAAUUAAAAAGACCA